UUAUUUUUACGUGAAAAAUGAAAAUGGCGUCUCAAGAGGAGUGAAAGAAUCCCAAUAUGCCAAAAAGAGGAAAGAAAAGAUCAGGUGAUGGAAGAGAAGAGUACGAAGGUCGACCAGCUGAGUUAACAUUUGCUGAAUUCUUACCAACGACUGCAAAUGAAGCAAAAACUUCAUUUUCCAGCGAAAAUCUGACAGAUAUUACAACAAGCACCGAGACACAAGAUUCACAAGACAAUAAUCAAGAGCAUACGGGACUAGCCGAAACCUCAGAACAAUCCCAGGAGUACACCGUAACCCGUACAAAGAAAGGAAAACUUCCAAUAACCUACGAAAACCGCUCAAAAGGCAAGAAAGUGACUGUAGUUUCUAAUAUAAGUGGAAAUGCAGAGUUACUCCUGGUCGAGCUUCGAAAACGUUUGGGCGUCGGCGGCGUUUCACGAGGGACAUUUAUAGAACUCCAAGGUGAUCAACAAAAGUUUGUGGAACAAUUUCUAAACAAGCAUCCUUGUGUUAAAUAGAAUUGUUCAUUUCUAGAAAUUUUACUAUUAAUACAAUGCCAUUUGUUGAGGAAUGAUAAAUAUUUUAGCACGAUUGUGAUUUUUCAGUCAACCCUUGGUGUGAGUGUCAAGCAUUGCUCAAGCUACUGCACAGACUGCGUCAUUCUUUCGUAGAAAUUGUAAAAAAAAUACGGUAUAUAUGGACAAAGUUGUAGGUAAAGAAAAAAAGUAAAAUAAUGUCUGUUUCGUUAUUUCAUAGCAUCAUAACUUCAUC